AAUCUCCUCCCCGGAUGCCACAGAAACCUUAACACAGUCAUCGCCACACACACAGUUUUUUUUUCGGGUUUUCAUGGUGCGGAUCUGCGAGAGGAGGAUGAAGUUUUUGGUGGCAGUCACAUUGAUCGUUGCCUCGGUGGUUUUCCUCCUUUUCCCGAGUGAAACGGAGGCGGAUGAGAAGAAAAAGGGACCCAAAGUCACGGCUAAGGUGUACUUCGACAUCAAGAUUGGAGAUGAGGAUGCAGGAAGGAUAGUCAUUGGACUAUUUGGAAAGACAGUGCCUAAAACGACAGAAAAUUUCCUUCAGCUGGCCACAGGAGAGAAAGGAUUUGGUUACAAGGGCAGCAAGUUUCAUCGGGUGAUUAAAGAUUUCAUGAUCCAGGGAGGAGAUUUCACUAGAGGAGAUGGAACCGGAGGUAAGAGCAUCUACGGAGAUCGUUUCCCUGAUGAGAACUUCAAGCUGAAGCAUUAUGGUCCUGGCUGGCUCAGCAUGGCCAAUGCUGGCAAAGACACCAACGGCUCCCAGUUCUUCAUCACCACAGUCCAAACGCCGUGGUUGGAUGGCAAACAUGUGGUGUUUGGCAAAAUCCUGGAGGGCAUGGAUGUGGUGAGGAAGAUCGAGGCCACAAAGACAGACGGAAGAGAUAAACCUCUGAAAGACGUCAGCAUCCACGACAGCGGGAAGAUCGACGUGGAGAAGCCCUUCGCUGUAGCUAAAGAGUAAUUUAAAGUCUGGGGGGAACAACAGGACUCUGGGUGUAACGGGGUUGAAUUUGGUGCCGCUGGAGUUCUAGCGGAUUUAAAAAGUGUGUUUGGAGCUUCGUCCAUCUCGUGGGACAAUCACGCACCAGUCCCGAUCCGCAGAGCGCCACUCCUGGGUCCAGAUCAAACUAUCAUUCCACAAGGUCACGUCAACCUGCUUUUGUAAACGAAUCUUCAAUAAAGGAUCCAGGUUUUCUUAAA